GUUAGUGCCAUAACCUUAAAAAUAGCAAGCAUUUUUAAAGGCAGUGAAAGUGAAACCGUUCUUAGAUUAUAUUUAUAACAAAUUAUUUUAUUUAUUAUUGUGUUUCAAUUUUAGAAACCUGUUUUUAAAAGAACUAAAGUUUUAAGUAAAUAAAUAUUUUUCUAGUAUCUACAGUUUUAAAAUGACUCCGAAUGAAACUUCUUCUAGUAGCACGGCAACAAAAUUGUUUUCACGAGAAGAAGUUGCUAAAUACAACGAUAGCAAGGAAACUUGGUUAAUUAUUCACAAUAACGUGUACAACGUGACCGCAUUUCUUAAUGAGCAUCCUGGUGGAGAGGAAGUUCUUUUAGAACUAGCAGGAAAAGAUGCAACUGAAAGUUUCGAAGAUGUUGGACAUUCAAGUGACGCUAGACAAAUGAUGGAACCAUUUAAAGUUGGAGAAAUUAUAGACGAAGAGAAAAUUGAUGAAGCCAACAAGGGUGCCAAAGAUUGGUCUAGUGAAAAUGUAGGAGAAGAAGAUUCCAGUGGUUCUUGGAGAUCCUGGCUGAUUCCAAUAUUUCUCGGAGUGUUAGCAACAGUUGUCUACCGCUAUUUCAUCAGUGCACAAUAAAACAAAACAUUCCGCGGAUGGAUUUUAAUUCUUUCUUUCCUCUUAUUUUAAAAAAAGAAAUAUUUACCUUACGAUGAUUGUUAUUACUUUAUAUAAUGUUUGUUAAAUAAGCGACUAAUACAAAAUGGUGUGCAAGAUAAUACCUAUACAAAUUGAGGAUGAGGGGAUCGUUUUGUCCAGAGGCCUAGCAUUUACAGACAUAAUAUUAAAAAAAAAAAAAUAAAAAAAAAAAUAAGAAAUAAGAAAUACAGACUAUCAGUAUAUGUUACACAAAUAUAUUAAUAUUAUUAUAUAAAUAUGUAAUUAUGAUACUGCAGAUACAAUACAUCCAGAAUAAAUCAAUUUACUUUA